GUAAUCUCUCAGUCCGGCAAAUACCAAAUACCAGAGGCAAAAUCAAAUCAAAUUAAUCAGCGUCUCUGUUGGGUUAGGGAAGUAGAAGAAAGGCUCAAAGAUGGAGGAAAAUUUGAAAAUGGAGGCAGUAAGCAAAGUUGAAUUAGACGAUGAACACGAUUCUAAAGAGAGCGUUGUGCAGAGAUAUUUCCUUCAGGAAUGGAAGCUUGUCAAAUCACUCCUCGACGAUAUUAUUUCCAAUGGCCGUGUCUCCGACAUCUCUUCUGUGCACAAGAUCCGAUCUAUCAUGGACAAAUAUCAGGAGCAAGGUCAAUUACUUGAGCCUUACCUCGAGAGUAUGGUUUCACCUCUCAUGUCCAUUGUCCGUUCAAAAGCUGUCGAACUGGGUGCUGCCCCGGAAGAAAUUCUUGAAGUAAUCAAGCCUAUAUGUAUUAUUAUCUAUUCUCUGGUGACGGUUUGUGGCUACAAGGGUGUUGUCAAGUUCUUCCCUCAUCAGGUCUCUCACCUGGAGCUUGCAGUAUCUCUCCUGGAGAAAUGCCAUAAUACACAAGCUGUAACAUCAUUAAGACAAGAAAGUACUGGAGAGAUGGAGGCUAAAUGCGUGAUGCUAUUAUGGCUUUAUAUUCUUGUAUUGAUCCCGUUUGAUAUAUCUUCUGUGGAUACUAGUGUUGCAGAUAAUAACUACACUGGAAGUGAUGAGCCACCUCCACUUGUACUAAGAAUCUUAGAAUUCUCUAAAGACUACCUUUCAAGUGCAGGUCCUAUGCGAACCAUGGCUGGAUUGCUGCUUUCAAGGCUUCUAACACGCCCCGAUAUGACAAAGGCUUUUACCAGCUUUGUGGAUUGGACACAUGAAGUUAUGACGUGUCUUUCAAAUGAUGUUGUCAAUCAUUUCCAGUUAUUGGGUGCAGUUGAAGCACUAUCUGCUAUUUUCAAGAAUGGAAGCCCUAAAAUGCUGCUCAGUGUGGUUCCUGGUGUUUGGAAUGACACAUCAGCGCUGCUAAAGUCCAACACUGCAUCUCGGAGUCCUUUACUUCGCAAGUACCUUGUGAAGCUAACUCAAAGGAUUGGGAUGAUCUGUCUCCCUCCACGUUAUCCAGCAUGGCGAUAUGUGGGAAGAACCAGCACACUUGGAGGGAAUAUUACUGCCAAUGGAAUCAAAAAGGACCAAUUCAAUGACGCUAGAAACAAUGAUCCUUCAUACUUCUAUCAAGACUCAAAUUGUCAGGAAGAAGAAGAUAUAGAUGUCCCUGAUAUAGUAGAAGAGAUUAUUGAAUUACUGCUGUCAGGAUUGCGUGACACGGACACCGUUGUGCGUUGGUCUGCUGCAAAAGGUAUUGGCCGUGUUACUUCACGGUUAACUUACUUGCUUUCAGAUGAAGUCCUUUCAUCUGUUCUGGAGCUCUUUUCGCCUAGCGAGGGAGAUGGUUCAUGGCAUGGUGGUUGUUUGGCGCUGGCUGAAUUGGCACGUAGAGGAUUGCUGUUACCUGUUAGUUUUCACAAAGUUGUGCCUGUUGUUAUAAAGGCAUUACAUUAUGACAUUCGAAGGGGUCCACAUAGCAUUGGAUCUCAUGUACGUGAUGCUGCUGCUUACGUUUGUUGGGCAUUUGGCCGUGCAUAUUACCAUGCAGAUAUGAAAAGCGUACUUGAACAGCUUGCUCCACACCUUCUCACUGUGGCAUGCUAUGACCGUGAGGUUAAUUGUAGAAGAGCAGCAGCUGCUGCUUUUCAAGAGAAUGUUGGACGACAAGGAAAUUUUCCUUAUGGUAUCGAUAUAGUGAAUGCAGCUGAUUUCUUUGCGCUUUCGUCACGUAUAAACUCCUAUCUUCAUGUUGCUGUCUACAUUGCUCAAUAUGAUGGCUAUCUUUAUCCUUUUGUUGAUGAGCUUCUGAACAGCAAGAUCUGCCACUGGGACAAAAGUUUGAGAGAGCUUGCUGCAAAUGCCCUUUCUUCUCUUGCUAAGUAUGAUCCUGGACAUUUUGCUAGUACUGUUGUGGGAAAAUUAUUGCCUUGCACAUUGUCUUCUGAUUUGUGCAUGCGUCAUGGUGCAACUUUAGCUAUUGGGGAAGUUAUAUUGGCUCUUCAUGAGUGUGACUAUGUUCUUUCCCCAGAUCUGCAGAAUCAAGCUGCUGGUGUGGUUCCAGCAAUUGAGAAAGCACGGCUAUAUCGUGGAAAGGGUGGAGAAAUAAUGCGUUCUGCUGUUUCCCGUUUCAUUGAGUGCAUUUCUUUAGCUUGUGUCCAAUUGACAGAUAAAAUAAAGCGGAGUCUGCUUGAUACACUCCAUGAGAAUUUGAGACAUCCUAAUUCCCAGAUACAGGGGGCUGCGGUUGCAGCCUUGAAAAGCUUCUUUCCUGCUUACCUUGUGGCUUCGGAAAGUAAAGGCAUCAAUACCAUUACAUCAAGAUACCUUGAGCAAUUGACUGAUCCUAAUGUGGCUGCUAGACGAGGAUCUUCACUUGCGCUUGGUGUUUUGCCAUAUAAGUUUCUAGCUAAAGGAUGGAAGGAAAUACUUCGGAAGCUUUGUGCUGCUUGUGAAAUUGAGGCUAAACCUGAAGACAGAGAUGCUGAAGCACGAGUAAAUUCUGCCAAAGCACUUGUAUCAGUGUGUGAAAUUUUGACCGAGUCAGAAGAAUAUUCUCAUCUAUUCUCUGCAGAAGAAUACAGAUCUCUGUAUGUUUUUAUUAAGAAUGAGGUUAUGCAGACUCUAUUUAAAGCUUUGGACGAUUACUCUGUAGAUAACAGAGGUGACAUUGGUUCUUGGGUUCGUGAAGCUGCCAUAGAUGGCCUUGAGAGAUGCACAUACAUUCUAUGCAAGAGAGAACUCAAGGGCUUCUCAAGCAAGUCGGAGAAAAUGGAACUUGGAUCUGUUUCUCAAUUUGAUGAGAAAGAUAGUGCUAACCAGAUGAAAUUUCUCUUUGAUGAAGAUGUGGCAACCUGUUUAGUUGGAGGCAUUGUUAAGCAAGCAGUGGAGAGGAUGGAUAAAUUAAGAGAGUUAGCUGCAAAGGCUCUUCGAAGAAUUUUGCAUAAUAAAUCAAAUUUUGUACCAUUUAUACCUUAUCGAGAGAGACUAGAACAGAUUGUUCCUGACGACGCAGAUCUGAAAUGGGGGGUACCUACUUACUCAUUUCCUCGUUUUCUUCAGUUGCUUGGUAUCAGUUGCUAUAGCAAAUAUGUGAUAUCGGGGUUGGUUAUUUCCAUCGGUGGCUUGCAAGAUUCAUUGACAAAGGCAUCAGUCAGUGCUUUGCUUGAAUUUCUUCAGUCAACAGAUGAAAAUGUAAAUGGUUCUAGAGAGUACAAUCUUUCUAAUGACAUUCUUUGGGUUCUUCAAACGUACAAAAAUUGUGACAGAGUCAUAGCACCCACUUUGAAGACAAUUGAGAUCCUAUUCAGCAAAAAGGUAUUCUUAAACAUAGAGGCCCAGACUGCAGUAUUUUGUGCCGGUGUUUUAGAAGCUCUUAGUAUAGAGUUGAAAGGAUCAAAAGAUUUCUAUAAGCUGUAUGCUGGAAUUGAGAUACUUGGAUAUAUUUCAUCAGUAUCAGAGCCCAUCAAUAUCCAGGCAUUCUGUCAUUUACUAACUUUCCUCACCCACCGAUUUCCAAAGAUAAGAAAAGCCAGUGCUGAGCAAGUUUAUUUAGUGCUCCAACAAAAUGGGACUCUUGUACCAGAAGACAAACUAGAGAAAGCACUUGAGAUUAUCUCCGAAACUUGCUGGGACGGUGAUUUUGCAGAAGCAAAACAGAAGAGAUUAGAGUUCUGCACGACGUGCAACCUAGAUGUUGGGACACUUUCGAAAAUAAAUGUUGGAACACCCCACAAAUUUGUUGAACAGGGACUCACCAGUGAUGAAAAUGCAUCAUACUCUUCACUUGUUGGAUCAGCUGGGUUUUAGUUUCCUUGUUUUACAUUUCGAGAAAGAGUGCCUCCUAUGGUAAUGGUUCAAAAGUGGAAAAUUGUAAAGCAGGACUAAAUGCUUGUCAGAUGCGUUUAAGAAUCAGAACCUUGCGCUAUCAGAGAGUUGGUCGUUACUGCUCCGGUUUUGUUUCCUCUAUUUGGUUGAGUAUUUCAAACAGCACUGUCGGCAAACGUAGAGUUCGUCUGAGGGUGGUUUGUAACAUUACUGCAAAUUGCGAAAUUGUUCGCUAAAUAGGUAAUAUGGUAAUUGCUGUUUUUUCAAGUAUGCUGUAUUCCUCUCACUCGGGUGUGCAAGUGCAAUUCAUUUGGAUUGUCAAGGUGA